CCUGGUGUACGGGGGCUCGCGGGGGUCCCACCCCGACCCUGACCUGCUGCACCGGCAGCCCUACGGAGCCCCCCACCCUCUGCAGGGCUAUGCGACCAACCACCACCCCCCAGGGCUGUCGGGGCUGUUCGAGACGGGGCUGCACCACGCGGGGGGCGCGGCCCCCGACGCCUCGGUGAUGAACCUGAUCUCGGCGCUGGAGUCGCGGGGGCCCCAACCCGGCCCCUCGGCCUCCUCCCUCCUCUCCCAGUUCCGCACCCCCUCCUGGCAAACCG